GGCUCCUGAAACUUUCGAGGAAACUUCACUUCACUAGUCCCCCCAUUUCAUCGUAUGUAAUAACCAAUCACUCGUUAGAAAGAAGAAACCCAAGUGGUCUAUGGAAGAGAAAAGGAAUGUAGAGGGUCUGGUGAGGCACACGGGUGGCUGCCACUGUGGUGCUGUCCGUUUUGAGGUGUGGAAUGCUGCGGAUUUGCAUGUUUUUGAUUGCAAUUGCAGCAUUUGUACCAAGAAACAGAACCGCCACUUUAUUGUUCCCAAGGCCCACUUUACUUUGCUUCAGGGUUCAGAGAACAUAACCACAUACACGUUCAAUACACACGCAGCCCAGCACACGUUUUGCAAGAUAUGUGGUGUGCAAAGUUUCUACACACCCCGAUCGAAUCCUGAUGGCUUUGGUGUAGCUCCACAUUGCCUGGACCCUGGAACUGUAACGAGUGUCACAGUUGAAGAGUUUUGUGGUGAGAAGUGGGAGGAGAGCAUGCAGAAACACAAGACGAUCAGGAGUAUGUCCAAGACUUCAGAAGAAGCCAAAUGAUAAUACUAAUAAGUAAUAACACAAAUGUGACCUUUAAAAAAAAAUUGUUUGGGUCAAAUUAUAAAGGAGAGGCGACACUACUGUAGCUCCCUCUAUGUAAUGAUUCUGAAAGCAGAGACACCACAUAAUUAUGAGGAUUGGUAGGCCCUGUCUGAGUUAAUACAGAUGUAUAGGCCACACCUGGAAUACACCUAUUUUCCAUAUUCUGUAGUAUGCUGCACAUUGUGCUGCACAUUGUGCUGCACA